CUUUGUGAUUUACGAUCGUAUGACACUUUGUGUGUUUGAUUAUUUUUUCUGUGACGGUAAUGUUAGCAGGCUAAUAUAAAGUGCACGCUCAAGUCUCAGGGAGGCGCAUAAAGUAGCUAGCCCUAUUCUUUUGAAAGUAAACUUGGCUCUGUGUGUAACCGGUCGGGUGGUACAGAGGAAAUUGGAAACGGACUCAAGAUACCGAAACGCGCUUAGCCCACUGGUUUUGGGUGCUAGCCACAUUUAUUUGUACUUCACACGAUUGGGUUGUUCCUUUCAAGGAUACCUGGAUCUAGUAGCAGGUGACGGAUCUAGUAGCAGGUGACGUCGACACAACAGGGAUGUGCAAUGGCAUCGGUGCGGGUGGCUGUCCGGCUCAGGCCUAUGAACAGACGGGAGAAGGACUUGACUGCCAAAAACAUAAUUGAAAUAAAAGGGGACAAGACCACCAUUACAAACUUGAAGAUACCAGAUGGCCUUACCGGGGAUUCGAUGAGGGAGAGUAAAAAGACCUUCACCUAUGACUUCUCCUAUGACUCCGCUGACAGUAAAAGCAACACCUUUGUCUCUCAGGAAAAGGUGUUCAAAGACUUGGGCUCAGAUGUCCUCAAGUCUGCGUUCCAAGGCUACAACGCCUGCAUCUUUGCCUAUGGCCAGACCGGCUCGGGGAAGUCCUACACCAUGAUGGGAAAUCCAGGAGAUGCUGGUCUCAUUCCACGGAUCUGCGAGGGUCUGUUCAGCCGGAUUGCUGGGAUGACUCGUUGGGAUGAGGCCUCCUUCCGCACCGAGGUCAGCUACCUGGAGAUCUACAAUGAACGUGUCAGGGACCUGCUCAGGAGGAAGUCCACCCAAACCUACAACCUGAGGGUGAGGGAGCACCCAAAAGAUGGACCCUACGUGGAAGACCUGUCCAAGCACCUGGUGCAGAACUACCACGACGUGGAGGAGCUGAUGGAGGCGGGCAACAUCAACCGCACCACGGCCGCCACGGGCAUGAACGACACCAGCAGCCGCUCGCACGCCAUCUUCACCAUCAACUUUACCCAGGCUAAGUUUGACGCGGAGAUGCCCUGCGAGACGAUCAGUAAAAUCCACCUGGUGGACUUGGCGGGCAGCGAGAGAGCGGACGCCACCGGUGCCACUGGAGUCCGGCUCAAGGAGGGCGGCAACAUCAACAAGUCACUGGUCACCCUGGGCAAUGUCAUCUCCGCUUUAGCGGACCUGAGCCAGGACGGAGUGAACACCAACCUGAAGAAGAAGCAGGUGUUUGUGCCUUACAGAGACUCUGUGCUAACGUGGCUCCUCAAAGACAGCCUGGGAGGCAACUCCAAGACCAUCAUGAUCGCUACCGUCUCGCCUGCUGACGUCAACUACGGCGAGACGCUGAGCACUCUGCGCUACGCCAACCGUGCCAAGAACAUCAUCAACAAGCCCACGAUCAACGAGGACUGCAACGUCAAGCUCAUCCGAGAGCUCAGGGCUGAAAUUGCCCGACUGAAGGCCCUUCUGGUCCAGGGAAACCAGAUUGCACUUCUGGAUUCACCCACCGCUUUGAGCAUGGAGGAGAAACUACAACAGAACGAAGCUCGAGUGUUGGAGCUAACCAAGGAGUGGACUAACAAGUGGAAUGAAACUCAGAACAUUCUCAAGGAAGAAACCCUUGCCUUGAGGAAAGAAGGAAUCGGUGUCGUCCUCGAUUCGGAGUUGCCUCAUCUAAUUGGUAUCGACGACGACCUCCUAAGUACUGGCAUCAUCCUCUACCAUCUAAAGGAGGGCAGGACGAAUGUUGGUCGAGACGAUGCGUCGACUGUUCAGGACAUUGUUCUCCAUGGGCUGGACCUAGAGAGUGAACACUGCAUGUUUGCGAACCAGACCGGCACUGUCACACUGGUUCCACUCAAUGGGGCCCAGUGCUCCGUGAAUGGAGUGCAAGUGACAGAAGCCUCUCCACUAAACCAAGGUGCUGUUAUCCUACUGGGGAGAACCAACAUGUUCCGUUUCAACCACCCUAAAGAGGCAGCUAAACUAAGGGAAAAGAGGAAGAGUGGACUGCUCUCUUCCUUUAGUCUGUCCAUGACCGAUCUCAACAAAUCAUGUGAGAACCUCUCCACAGUAAUGCUCUACAACCCAGGUCUCUUCACUGAAAAGGGGCCUAUCUAUCUCAGGUUGGAAUUUGAGAGACAGCAACGGGAAGAGCUGGAGAAGCUGGAACACAAAAGGAGGCUUAUUAAGGAGAUGGAAGACAGGCAGAAGUGCGAGAAGGCGGAGCUGGAGCGCCUGCAACAGGAGGUGGAGUCCCAGCGCAAGGAGUCGGAGCAGGUGCAGCAGCGCAUCCGCCGCCAGGAGGAGACCCUCCGCUGCCGCAGCCAGGACAUCGAGAGCCGCCUGCGCGACCUCCUGGCUGAGAAGCAGCGCUUUGAGGAGGAGCGCCACCGCGAGACCAAGGAGCUGGAGCUACAGAGGCGCCAGCGGAGAAAGCAGCAGGAGGAGCGCGAGGAUGAGAAGACGCAGGACGAGGAGGCGCGAUGCCAUAGCGAGGCGGCAGAGCGUGCCGAGCAGGCGGAGAUCUUCCGCGAGCUGGAGCGGCUGAAGCGGGAGCACGAGGAGCAGGUGGUGCGGCUGGAGGCAGAGAGGCGGAGGCUGGAGGAGCGCGAGAUGGAGCAGCUAGGCCUGGUGGGGCGCCUAGAAGAGCAGCUGAGGGAGCGCCACGAAGCGGCGGCUGCCCUGCUGACCCGCGAGGACACCCGGCGCCUGGACGAGGAGCGCCGUGCCUUGGCCGAGAUACGCUCCGCACUGCUCCGCGCCAAGGAGGCCAGCGGGCGCUCUGACUGCGACAGAAUGGGCGAGGAGGCCGGGUGCGCCGCCCAGGUCCGUUACACGGACUUCAAGGCAGCGCAGGUGGAGGAGCUGGGUCAGUUGGAGGAGGGGCUCCGGCAGCAGAAGGAGUGCCUGGAGAAGGAGGUGGCGUCAGAGCACGCUGCCCUGGCCGUCCUGGUCCACGCCCACAAGGAGCGGCAGCGACAGCUGCGAGAGACCCAGGAGAAGGGGGCACAGGACUCCUCAGAACUCUCCCAGGAGGAGCAGCGGAUGCAACAGGCCGAGCAGCGCCUCCUCUUCAAGGAGCGCCGGCUAACCAGCCUAACCGACAGCCUCCUGCCGGCGGUGGCCGAGGAAAGGCAGAGGGCGGAGGAGCUGCUGAAACUCGGAAGCUCCUCUGGCGCUGGCAGCAUUUCCAACAUCUCCCUGGGACUAGAUAACACCCUGUACCAGGUGGAAAAGGAACUUGAGGAGAAGGAGGAGCGCCUUACCGCACACUGCGCCAGCGCCGAGCAGCUUCAGCAGCUGCAGGAGACGUACGAGUUCACGGCCAACGUGGCGCGCCAGGAGAAAAAAGUGCGGCGCAAGGAGAAGGAGAUCCUGGAGUCGCGGGAGAAGCAGCAGCGUGAGUCCCUGGAGCAGGCGGUGGCGCGCCUGGAGAGAAGGCACUCGGCGCUGAGGCACAGUGUCUCGCUGGACCCAGAGAGUGUGGAAUCCAGGCGCAAGGCCUCCGUUCUGGGGCCCGCGCGGGAAUUCGACCAAGAGAGGGUGGACCGGGAGAUCCAGAAGCUGAAGCAGAGGAUCAAUAAAACUGAGGGAAGUGGAAGGAGUCACACUGGGAGCGGCGAUGAAAAGACCAGUCUCAGCACCCCCCCUGUCAGCCCAAUCCAGAGCCUACCCCCGGUGCUGCCUAUCACAGAUGACGGGAUCAAUGCAUACAUUGAGGAGGAGGUUAAGAGAAGGUUACAGAAGCUGAACCUCUUCAAUGGUGACAAAAACAUUGAGCUCUCGCUUUCAUCUGAAUCUCUGCAGGAGGACGAAGAAGUUAAUGAAUCUAGCUCUGUUAGAUUAACAGAUGAGAAUGAUAAGCUGCAAAACCGUGUCAACCCUAGGAAAUUGAAAUAUGAGCAGCGAUUUGUCUCUGUCCCUCUUGGGACCAACUCCGACUGCCUAAAGGACCCCGUUAAAAUUAGCAUCCCUCGCUACGUUCUCAGAGGGCAAGGGAAAGAUGAGCACUUUGAGUUUGAAAUUAAGAUCACUGUAAUGGACGAAACGUGGACGGUCUUCAGGAGAUACAGCCGCUUUCGGGAAAUGCACAAAACUCUCAAGAUGAAAUUCCCCGAGCUUGCAGCUUUAGAAUUCCCUCCCAAGAAACUCUUUGGAAACCGAGAUGAGAGAAUGGUUGCUGAACGGCAGAGUCACUUGGAGAAAUAUCUGAAAAACUUCUUCAGGGUUAUGAUGUCGCCAUCCUCGGGCUCUCCACUCCGCACUGAUUCAGACUCUGAGGGUGGUCUGCAGCUGUCCAAGCACGCCAUCUGUGACUUCUCCCCGUUCUUUAAGAAGGGCGUCUUUGACUACAGCAGCCAUGGAACUGGUUGAAAACAUUUUGGAUGAGGACGGGUUGGAGCUAGUCUGGCCCUAGAUAUUUUUGUGCUGUUUUGCCAUUUCCUACAGUCAUUGGAGUUGACAAGACAGCGCCAGCAGAUCUGUGACCAGGCUACGAUGGAGCAGCUUUAAUCCCAAAAUCAAAGUGUGCGGUGCCUUCCCAGGUCGCAGUCUAGAUAUUGACCUCAGUACAACCAAGUUCAGGGGCACUAAGGAACAGAUAUCUAACUUACUAUUCACCUUACUACUUUUUCUUCUUCUAGCUCUCCUGCUUUCCUACUCACUCUCUUCCUUUCCUACUCACUCUCCUUCCUUUC